AUGCAACCGGACGCGCAGAACGCGACCACAACACCCAAGGCGCCUCUCGAAUGGGGCCAAAUCAACUUUAUGCAUACUACCGACACUCAUGGAUGGCUUGAAGGCCACAUCAAGGAGCAGAAUUAUGGUGCGGACUGGGGUGACUACGUUAGCUUCACCAAGCACAUGAAGCAGAAAGCUCGGAGUCUCGGUGUCGACCUGCUUCUUGUAGACACAGGGGACCUGCACGAUGGUGCAGGAUUGAGUGAUGCAACGUCUCCCAAUGGCAACAUUUCGAACGUUAUCUUCGAAAAUGUCGACUACGACUUAUUGACCAUUGGAAAUCACGAGCUCUAUGUUACCGAGAUCGCCUACGAGACCUUCAGCAACUUCUCCAAGGUCUACGGAGACAAGUAUCUCACCAGCAACGUACAGAUCAUCAACCCAGCUACUGGCCAGUUCGAGUACAUCGGAUCUCGUUACCGUUACUUCACCACCGAACAGGGGCUCCGAAUCAUGGCUUUUGGUGUUCUCUUUGACUUCACUGGCAACAGCAACGUCUCCAAGGUUAUCAAGGCAGCCGACAUGGUGAAGCAACCGUGGUUUCAACAAGCCGUGAAUUAUACCGAGCCGAUUGAUCUGUUCGUGAUCACUGGUCACAACCCGGUACGGACAAGUGUCUCCAGCAGCACGAUGGGCACUGUCUUCAAGGCUAUUCGCAGCAUCAAACCAGACGUGCCUAUUCAAGCUUUCGGUGGACACACGCACAUCCGAGACUUUGCUGUAUACGACAACAAAGCUACGGGACUUGAGUCUGGUCGUUACUGUGAAACUCUAGGUUGGCUCGCUAUGUCCGGUAUCGAAUCGAAGACCUGCAAAGCACAACACAACCCCAAGGGUGUACCAAAUCCUACUCGUAGCGCGGUAGUACCAGCGAGUACAGGGACUGCAUCUGCCAGUGCGCAUCUGCCUACAUCUUCUUCAAACUCCACAAUCCGCUACGCUCGGCGAUAUCUUGACUGGAACCGUAACACGUUCGCUUAUCAUGCUGAGAACAGUCAACCCUAUACCACAUUUGACACAUCUGCUGGCACUAGCAUCAGUGCCGAGAUCACUUCAGACCGAAGCAAGCUCAAUUUGACCGAUUUGUACGGUUGCGCACCAGAGACAUACUGCCAGUACUGCAAGCCUUUUCUGGCUGAAGGUAACAUCUUUGGACUGCUACAGACUGCAUUGGCUACAGUCGUCGUGAACGAAACGCGCAAGGAUGUUCCAAGACUCAUCAUUAUCAACACUGGAUCUGUUCGCUUUGACCUUGCCAAAGGUCCCUUCACAUACGAUGACUCUUUCAUUGUAUCUCCCUUCGAUGAUGCCUUCCAGUUCAUCCCCGAUGUACCCUACGAGCAGGCUUCUCAGGUACUUGGUAUACUGAACGCUGGUGCCUUCCAGAAGAAGAAGCGGGAUCUUGAGACCGCCGACUUUGGAUUCAUCCCCAUCCUCGCAGACCGAGACACCUGCCUCGACCCGCCGCUCACUCACCACUACGAAGGGUUUACCCGCCGAUCGAAGCAAGGUGGACGUCUUAUCCGCCGCCAAUCUACUGCUCCUAAUCCAGGUUAUACGACAAAAGACGACUUCGGUACCGAUGGAGAUGAUACAAUACACUCGGCUAUCCCAGACUACUCGCAACCCAACGACCUUCAGGCCAAUGGCUCUUUUCCGCUUGAUGGAUCCAUGCCAAAGACCGUUGAUCUUGUGUUCUUGGAUUUCAUUGCUAGCUACAUUGUCAACGCUCUAAACCAGCCAGAUGUUGGAGGAGACUUCUCGCUCAGUCAGGUAUCGUACUACAUGGACAAGAGCUUUACUACCAACAGCUACCUACCAGCGUAUGCUAAGAUCGCCUGGCAGGCGAAUGUACCAAACUGCCCUGUCGGAGAGGGAAUUGGUGCCUCGUAA